CGAGAGGUAUUCCUUCGCACCAGAUCAGACCGGAUCAAGACCUUUUUUUUAUGGAAUUCCAGAUUCUAUAAUCUUAAUCGAAUCGCUUAAUUCGCACACCAAUCGAAAAGUGCUGGAAGACGUAAAGUGAAGUUCUAUACCGUGUUGAUAGUACCUAAUAUUGCGCAGGAAGUAAACAAGAAUAUUCAUCGAAUGUGCAGAUAGUGAAAAGAAGUGUAGGUAGUGGAUAUCCGAGAACAUUGUGCAAAAAAAAUUCGACAAAUUGCUGCGGAGAUAAAAGAGUAAUCGGAAUUUUUAUUUUUCCGACUUAAGUUUGUUUUCCUGCAUGUGGUAUUAGGAUUAUAAUUAUAAGUGAAAUAUUGUGAUAAGUGCUGGAAGCAGGCGUAGUCUGAAUUGCACAAAGAGCGCAUCGGUGCAAACAUGUCCAUCAGCUGCAAGUGCUUGAACGUCGUGGUAAAACUGGCCGAAACGGAGCCCGAAUCUCUGGCCCGGUUUGAUUUGGAUGCAUAUUUGACUCGGAAACGACAACAGCAGCAGCUGGCGAAGGAUUCGGCCACAAAAGCGACGACACCCAGCGACGACCAUUUUCUAUUUUUCAAAGAGGCCCACCGUCCGGUUCGGUGCCUUUCUAUCGAGGUCCAGUUCGAUGGCCUGCUGCGCAAAGUGCGACUCUUCGAUGAGUGGGAUCUCAGCCAGUGCCGGAACUGUGCGUGCUGCGUUUACGCCUUGAAUGUUAACGAAAGUACGCCCGUCUCCGCCGGCACCGUUCUGGUCAAUCCGAGACUACUGACAAACCAAGAGCAGUUGAACGCUCGGAUGGCCGACGAAAACUAUUCCCCUGCAUUUGGCAUCCUGCUGAACGGAUUCAGCCCGAGCUACAGCGACCUGGCCGAUAAGGGCAAGCUACUGGCAAGAGCGAAAAGUGAUAAUCAGUAUGUGCGGCUGCUCCGCGCCUACAUGGAGCAGGAAACGGAAGCAGCCAACGAGCGGAUUCAUCGUUUCACCGAGCAGGAGUUUGCUGUUCUUAAAUUGAAACGGGAACGUGCCGAACAGGACUGUCUGAUUCUGGCCAAGCUAUCAAACAACGUACCUGAGCUACUGCACAGCAUCAGCAGUAGCAGCGAUGUGGUUGCCCAACCGGCCACGACGACGGUGGAUUCUGCUGAGCAAACAACAAUGCUUCGCAGCAGUGUGAGCCCGAUGGUUGCGACCACUGGAACCAACGAUUCGAGUGCCGGCAGCCAGCUGGAGACGCCUCCACCAACCCCUGAGUAUCUUCCAAUGUCCACCGGUAAUAGUCCACCGAUGAUGACAGCCGCUGUCACCAGUGCCAAUAGCCGGCAACAAGCCAAUACUGUGUCUUCUACGUCCUCGUCAUCAGUAUCAGCCGCCGAUCAGUCAUCUCCCUCAUCCGGCGCGAAAAUUUCCAGCUCGGCAAGAACGUACAACAGAGCUAGUCUCGGCUACAGCAACAGUCAGACCAACAAUAAUAUCGUUAGCUUUAACAAUACUCGCGGUGCCAUCAGCAGUAGACAAACGCCAAGCGUAAUGAUGACGGCGGCGGCGGCGAUUACACCAACAGCACUGCAACAUUCCAGUACAAAUUCUCAGCAACAACACCGUCGCCUAGUUGCAACUAGCUCGUUCGAAUCGGACUGCAUGUUCGAUAUCGACGGCAUGGACAACGACAAAUCUCCACUGUCGAAUACGCUUUCCGACGAGGAAGAACUUGGAUUCGAUGAAUCUAUUGGAAACAAUAACGACGACGGGAUGUACAUACCGUCACGCCACAUGUAUGGCCGCCAGAACAGUUCGAUUGCGAAAAGUCUUCCAAUCUCAAUGCCUCAGGUGAUGACGCAGUUCCGAGCGAACGAAGAGGAUUUCGAAGAGAUAACCGAAGACAACGUCGACAUUGCUGCCAGUAUCAAAGCAUUGGCACGGAGUGUCCACGGGGAUACCGUCUUCGGUGAUCUACCGCGUCCGCAGAUUCAACGGUUCAGCACACAGAUCUAAAAGAAAAAAAGCGCGCAUGACCCUAAACUUAGUAGUGCCAGCGCCAAGUCUGCAAGCAGCAGUCAGCCGCUUAUUAGGACUAGCCUGCUGCAAACAUUUAUUUGUUUCAAAGGUUUAUUUUGCGAAAAAUUGAAUCAGCCUCUCAGAAUGCUGUUUGAUGAUGUUUUUUUUAGUUGUUUAGGUUUUUUUUAAUCGUUUAGGCUAAGACACUUUUGUUUCUCCUUUACAUUAUUGAUCGUGAAUGAUUUCUCUGCCCUUGGACACGCACAUGUCUCUAACGUUCUCGAACGCGAAAACAACCUGCUGAAAGUUAAGUCGAAAGUAAACUACACAGAAUUAUUAGCUUCCUGUGGGAGCCUAUAAGAGUUUUGCUCGUAUAGAAUUCGAGAAUUCAACUGCUCGAACACCACUGAAGUGGGUUGAGCAGAAGAUUAAAAAACAUCCAAUCUUUCUGUCGAGUAAACGUUCUGAUAGGUUUAAGUUUUUUUUAUCAUUGCUUUUUGUAAUUAAUAUAUAAGAAGUCUGGGAAAAGGUAGACCAUAGUCAAAGUUGAACAUUGACAAUGACGUUUAGCGGACGAAGGCGCUAGUAUUCCAGCUCAAAACGGGCAGGACAAAUAUAAUGUUUUGCAUUAAUCAACGUGCUGAGUUGUAAGUGCAGUAUACUGUAAAAGCUACAAGUUGUCCACAAAAUAACAGUCGCGAAUGAUAGCUGCUAAUUAUCGUGGUGUGAAAACAAGGCCAGAUUGAUCUUCUCUUUUUGACAACAGAAGCUGCAAAUCAAAAUAGGUUCUUACAAUUGCCUGUGAUUUUGUGAUUUUCCAUUGCUUCCGAGUUAUUAAAAAGAUGUUUAAAACCGUAUGAAUAUUUGAUUUAUUGAUUUGUUAUCGUAUCGAGUUGUGUGACGUACGAUCAAUCGAUGGCGAGCAAGCAACGAGGAACUGUUAUACUGAGUUUAAACUAUGUUGCAUACUUACUCUGAUGCUCGAUAACCACAUUUUCUCUACAAUCUAUCUACUUUCCAUUUUUUUUCUCGCAAACAACUAAUAUAAUAAUCACUUUGAAUGCCGACAAAAAAACUACUUAAACUUUAACUACCUCCUAGAUCAUACAUUUACAUCCGAAAUUUUCUACGUUCAUAAUCCUUAACAACUUUACAAGUUACAACUACAAUCCUUCCUAUUUUGGAUGGCUUUCCUUCGGGGUAGACGAAGAUCCACAAUGAUCGUUGAUCAAAGAUUAAGUUUGUGAGAUUUAUAAACAAUCAUCAUAACAAAUGUAAAAUCUCCCAUCAGCAGUACGGAACCAACGAAAUCAAUAGACCAAUCACAGACAAGUGUUAAUUUGUUACACAAACGCCAGGCGGUAGAAUUUUGGAACGAAAAAUAUCCGACUGAAAACGCAGAACCCAGUGCGGAUGUUCGUGAUGUAGAUGAUGAAUACUUACUCACGCGAGAGCAGCAGUACCGCGUAUCCAUUGAUAUCUAUUCCCCAUAACUAUCAAUAUUACGUUAUACACAAUAAUUAGCCAGGAGAAAAAAAAACUAGUGGAUAAAUACAUGCCUAUUGACGGUUGCGAAAAGCGCCAUGCGCGCUAAGUAGUUGUUUUUCUGAUUGCAUUAUGAAGAAUAAAAGAUGAACCUAAU